CUUCCCUCGUGUGUGGUUGCCGCUGAAGUUGCGGAUUCGGUUUUUUUUUAAGUUUUCAAUAUUUAUAUUGACUUUCGCAUAGUAAAGCAGAAAUAAAAUGAACGAAUGGAGGAUCUCCCAAGAGGAAACAAAAACCUUAAUCCAAAUGUACAAAGAUAAAGAGUGCCUUUGGAACUAUAAAAGUCAUCUUUAUAAGAGGACAGAUUUAAAGAAGAAGGCAUGGGAGGCAAUGUCUGCUGUCUUCCAAAAAGAUUUAAAUGAAAUUAAAAAAAAAAUUAAACACCUUCGUUCGGCAUAUGUUGCGGAGAAGAAAAAAGUCGAGGACUCGAUGCGUUCUGGCAGUGGGUUGGAUGAAAUUUACAUUCCUCAUCUGUACUAUUUCAACGAAUUCAAUUUCUUGGAUUCGGUAAUUGUGCUGCGUAAGACGAAUAGUAAUUUUUCACUGGACGAUACUCUGGAGAGAGCUGUGGAAGCAACCGAAAUACAGCAAGAAGAAAAUAUUUUGGAGGAACUCGAUGUACCUCCAACGAACCAAAGAAAAUCAGCAUCCUCUAUGCCAAUGGCCGUUGGGUCAGUGAGGAGGUCAUCGGGGCGUAGAACUACUGCUGCAUCCAGGAGUUCACGAUAUGAAGAUGCAAUAGCGGCGAUUUUGCACAAAUCUGAUGCAAGUCAAGAACCAAUAAACAAAUACGCUUCCUUUGGGAAAAGCGUCGCCGGCCAAUUGGAAGAAUUGACACCUGUGGAGGCAGCAGCAGCUAUGGCCGACAUCCAACAAGUACUAUCCCAGCACGUUGUGCGUUCAUUUGAAAGAAAAUCUCUCACUUCGAACUCAUCCUCCUUAUCAAGUUCAACAGAAGGAACUGAUCUUAGAAAUACAGUAUUUAACCCUCUCACUCCACACUCAUCAUAUCUAUCAAGUACUACAGGAAAUGAUCUUCUUCGAAAUGCAAUGAAAGACUGCGACAUAAUAUUUGAUCCCGAAUAUUAAUAAACCUCGAUAAAUAAAAAUAACUUUUACUGUUUAAUUAAUAUUUAUUAUUAUCUAUAAUAUAAAACUCAUUUAACAU